AUGCUGCACGCCUCACUCAACUAUGGAGAAGUCAUAUCCAGAACAAUGCCCAAGCUGGACAAAAUCUUUAACGACUUCUGGAAGAAGUCAAGCAAUCUGUACCUGCCCAACAAGCCUCGCGAGUUCACUCGCCUGAGGGCCCUCCCCGACGACUUCAGAUCCAGCCCUUAG